UCUAUAUAGUAUAUUUCUAUCUGCAACGUUUUAUGUGUUGCAUAUAGUAAGGCCAAAUACUGUUACACAAUCAGCCACAAGAGGGCAGCAUUCUCUACAUUAUUUGAAAGCAGUUAAUCUAGCUCUGGGGGCUUUUUUAAAUGUAUUUUUACAUGUCAAACAACGUUUCCAUCCACAGUUUUUAUACGACUAAAGUAAUAUUGUAUUAAACAAAAUCACAACAGCUGUAAUGGAGACAGGACGUUUCUGCGUAAUUGUAUAAAUGCCGACAGAUAAUUUGUUCGUUCAACAUGGUGGGAUCUUUUUGUGUCGGUAAAAUCAAUUAUGCGGGAAAUGCCAGUGGAAACGCCUUAAUGCGCAAAUAUUGAGUUAAUCAUCUCGAAGUACAUUUGGAGUCGCGAUGAUACGGCUUGUGGUCCUCCCACUACGACUCGGGAAACCAUGUACUUUAUUAGGUUACAGAUUAAAUAAAUUAUGAUGAACUUCACAGGGUGGUGAAAGUGCACGGUAAUGAGUUUGAUGCUGCCUUCCAAUAUAGCGAGGGUCUUAUUCUGGUGACAUGAUGGUCGAUGCUUCACUGCCGUUUGCCAGAUACAAUAUGAUAGUUUUUAUCCAUAAUCUCAUCAUGUAGUAGACAAAACAACCUGCACAGCCUACUCGCACUGUAUAUGCUAGCUGUUGGCUAGAAAACACGUGCAAAGACCAGAGUAGGCAAAGUUUUCUAUUUAACACAACCGUUUUUUUUGACAAAACUAACCGUGGAGUUGAAAAUGUGAUGGAAACACAUUUAACUUUGUAUUUUUAUUCGGUACAUAAAACUUAAGCGAAAAAGUAAACGUGUGCACUAUAUCAUCAACCAAACGUAUUUGUUGCCGAUAAAAAUCAGUGGAUGUAUGUUUUAUUUAUUUAAUCUUUACCUAGUUAAAAUGUUAAAUAAAACAUAAGUGCACUGAUUUUUAUCGGCAACAAAUCCGUUUGGUGGAAACACCACACUAGUGGGAAAUGCGCAUAAUUUCUUUAUGCGGAUGUUAGAAUAUUCGCAAGAAAAUCUGUCACCAAUUAAAUGGAAACCUACCUACUGGAGGCAUUUUCAAAAUGGUCAUAGACAAACUACUGUUUCUUCGUUAGAUCAAUACCACCACACUUAUUUUUAGGAAAGAAAAAUGUCUAGACUGCAAGUUCAUGUCCAAACCUGUAGGUGGCAGAGUGAUGUAUUCUUUAGCGGAAAUGCCAAGUAAAUGAAAGAAAAACGUGACGUCAGGCUACUGAAUUUUGUAAACAAACACAUGGGACAUCUUUAGUACAAGUACUGCAAAUUACAUUUGAUACAUGAGCAACCAUGAAGAGGGUAUUUGUAACUGUAGGAACAACAAGCUUUGAUGACCUAAUCGAACGCGUUACUUCCCCUGAAGCUGUUCAAGUUGGACAAGGCUCCAUUCUCCCAGAUUCAGACAGCUGUCACGAGCUCACGUUAGAGGCAUUUCGAUUCAAGGAUUCCAUUGCUGAAAAUAUCAAAUGUGCCGACUUGGUUAUCAGCCAUGCUGGGGCAGGUAGUUGUCUGGAGACCCUUGGUGCAGACAAGCCACUGCUAGUGGUGGUCAAUGACAAACUUAUGGACAAUCACCAGCUAGAGCUGGCCAGACAGCUACACCAAGACUCACACCUACUGUACUGCACCCCCAGCACUCUUAAUGAGACCCUGAAGACAAUGGACCUUGCUGUUCUCUCACCCUUCUUACCCGGACAACCAAAGCAUUUUGCCAAUUUCCUGGACAGGGCCCUUGGUGUUCAAUAAUUCCAACAGAGGGCAGUCUUUGAGGUCAACUCAGUGUUCUAUUAUGGACUCUGGAGAUGUUUUGCGCUCUUCUUCUUCAUGUGGCUUUCCAGCAGACUAGACGCUGUGUUGCCUACUGCCUUUCACAGGUCGGAGUGUGGAUUGCAAAUUUUGGUCACAAAAAAAAAAGAAGGUGAAUGGGAUAAUCUUAAAUUGCACCACCAUCUAACCCAGCACCUAUACAUUAUCACCAAAAACUAACCACCCCAUCCCACUACGUUGGCCCGUAACAAUCCUACACCAUGCUGUCGGUCUGGGAGGAUGGAACCCCUUCUCUCAAAACUUCCUGUAGCUCUUCUGCACUAAAAUCUCUCACCCCAAAAUAUUUCUCUGCUGCUGCAACGACCACAUAUAUCUUCUGUGAUUUCCGCUCCAUCAGCGCAGUACAGUUGAUCACCAUGGCUAUGAUGUUUGCUCUCUGAUACUCUCCUCAUCUUUGCGAUGAACUGGAUGUGGGGUUGGCCAGAGGGUAGCCUGGGCCUCGCGUGCCUGGCUUCUAGUUUUUCCUAUCAGUAUGUACCAACUCAGGCAAUUGCCUGGGGCCUUACAUCAUCAUCAUUUUGUUUAAUAAUGCGCUAUUAAGCAAUUGUGACCAUCUUUGUUUAUGACAAGCAGUGCCGAUUCUGUUAUCUUCCUGCGAAUUUGCCUCUAGCUUUUGAGCGGUGGGCUCCCGAGUGGCGCAGCGGUCUAAGGCACUGCAUCACAGUGCUAGAGGCGUCACAAUGGACACUGGUUCGAUCCCGGGCUGUAUCACAACCGGCCAUGAUCAGGAGUCCCAUAGGGCGGUGCGUAAUUGGCCCAGUGUCGUCCUGGUUUGGGUUUGGCCGGUGUAGGACAUCAUUGUAAAAAUAAUUUGUUCUUAACUGACUUGCCUAGUUGAAUAAAAAUACAAUAAAAAAAACUAUUAUGACCCCA